UACCUUAAAUAUACAGUGUAUUUCAUAUAAAUAGUAAUACGUAAUAUUUCGGCCAGUAGGUUAAAAUAAGAAUUUUUCAGGAAGAUAAUGGAUACUCAAACACACAUUCAAUGUGUAUUAUUAAACAAAUAAAAAUGUUAAUCAAAAAAGAUUUUAUAUUGACUAUUACCUACUAUGUAUGAUAUUAAACAAAACAUUCAUAUUAUAUGAUGUUGUAUAACAAUAAUUGAUAUUAUUAUUUUUAUUAUUCCCACGUAAUAAUGACGUGGAGCUGUCGUUCAAUGGAUUGGGCAAAACGUUUCAAAAGAAUAUCGUCAAGAUCCAGCCUCCCAAGGUACACGUAUGUACCUACUUCGUAUCCAGUGGUUAUAUCCUUUAAACCAUACAUCAACAACUUGGUGGGGGUAACAAUAAAGUUUUUUCAACAUUCACAUUGUCUUUGACCAUUAAAAAUAUUACAGUAACGAUAAAAGUACCAAAAAAUCGUGUGAAAAUUAAUGCUAAAAAUCCAAAUCUAUCUAUACAAUCAUCAAUUGAUUUUUAUAAAAAAAAAAAAACUAUUAUAAUAAUAAUAUUAAUUUAUACAUUUGCACAACAGUGUACCUUGGAUCUGAACAGAUUGUACAGAAUAUGGAUGAAAUGAAAAAAACAAAAAUUUCAUUUAGCAUAGUGCCCAUUACUGAAACUAAUGGACAAGAUGUGAUUAAUUCCAUUGAAAAAUAUUUUAUUCGAGACGAACCUUUAAAUGAAAGUGUGGAAUUAUUCAAGGAAGAAGAAUCAGUAUUAAAAUAUCGAAAUUUUAGCACCAAUUUGUUACAUACUGGAUUAUCAUUUAUGGCUGUAUCUGAAACCGGUGAAGUUAUGGGUGUCAUACUAAAUAGCGUAAUGAGCAUGGAUGAUUAUAUAAUACAACAGUACAGUGAUGAAAACUUUGAUCCAAGUUCAAGGUUUGAUGACAUUGAGGUUUUAUUAAACAAAGUUCGACGAGAUAUUGAUCUAUUUGGGAAGUUUCCAAACGUAAACAUAAAUCGUAUAAUGGAAUUAAAGCUUAUUUCAGUUAAUGAGGCAUUUAGAGGUCAAGGAGUUUGCCAAGCUCUCGUCAAAAAAUCAAAAGAGUUGGCAUUAGAGUUGGGAUAUCAAAUGAUAUACACGGAGUGCUCAAGUUAUUUUACAGCAAAAGCUAUGGAAAGAUGUGGAUUUCAAUGUAUAUAUUCCUUGUCUUAUUCGGAUUACGUGGACAGAAAGGGCAAAGUGGUAUUCAAUGUGGUAAAGCCUCCUCAUGAAUGUAUUAAAGUGCAAUUAUUCCUUUUCUAAAAUAUCCAAUAUUGGUUUAUUAAUUACGGAACGGGCUGAACCCAAAAAUUAAUAUAUUAUAAAUAUUAUACAUAUGAUAAACGAUACAGACAUCGAUUCGGCAAUACAUAAAAGCUCAAGAAUAAACAAUAUUCAAUAUUAAUGUAAUACUAAAUUUUGUAUUGCAAAGCAUAAUAAUGAAUUAAUUAAUAUAAACAAUAUAAACUGAAA